AUGGCCUCCGCUGCCUACCGCCCUAUUGUGAUUUCCGGCCCAUCGGGGACCGGAAAGUCGACUCUGCUCAAGCGCUUGUUCGCCGAGUACCCUGAAAAGUUUGGAUUUUCUAUCUCGGAAACCACACGAUCCCCGAGACCCGGCGAGCAACAUGGCCGUGAAUAUAACUUCGUCACGAAAGAGGCAUUCCUCGACCUAGUGGCCAACAACGGGUUUAUCGAACAUGCUCAAUUUGGCGGAAACUACUAUGGAACAUCUGUCCAGGCUGUCAAGAAUAUCGCCGAGAAGAAGCGCAUCUGCAUACUCGACAUUGAGAUGGAAGGAGUCAAACAGGUGAAGCUGACGGACCUCAAUGCGCGUUUCUUGUUCCUUGCCCCACCUUCUCUCGAGGUGUUGGAGCAGCGUCUCCGUGGCCGUGGGACUGAGACCGAGGAGUCUCUACAGAAGAGACUCACCCAAGCCCAGAACGAGCUUGAGUAUGCAAAGCUCCCGGAGGCUCACGAUAGGAUCGUUGUGAAUGACGAUCUGGAGAAAGCAUACGUUGAGCUGCGGGAUUGGGUUGUUGACGGUGGUAAGUUCGGUGUUGCGCAAUAG